GCCGGGGCUCCACCGCGAGAGCCAACAGUAGACGGGAUCCGCAGGCUCUUGAAGUCCCAUCCAGACACUGUCGUUCUCACGUGCACCAGGCAGGGCGCUCACGCCAUGAAUGAGCUGGCAAUGCAGGCCUUGUUUCCAUCCGGCCGUCCUCUGGUCGUCCUGCCAGCGGAUGUGGACUCCAAUCCGGACAAUUACGAGGAUGGGCAGCUCUUGGAAGAUGCAUCUGCUUUGCAGUCCUUGCAGCUCCCCAUCUACAGGGGCAUGCGGCUGGUGUUCACCCGAAAUGUCCGCAAGGAUCUCGACUAUGUGAACGGCAUGGACGGCAAGGUCCUGUCCUUCGACCCUAGCACGCAGGCGCUCGAGGUCCUCACUGCUACCGGCUUCAGGGUUAUGGUCUGGCCAUGGACCGACGUGGAGCGCGGUGAUCUGACCUACUACCCGAUCAAGGCCGGCUACGCGGACAAGAUAAUGAAGUUCCAGGGCGCGGAGCUGACUCACGUGACAGCCUUCUUGGACCGAGCGGGAAUUCCGGGCGCGGCCUACACGGACUUCCUCAUUGGCGGCCUUGUGGACGCGGAGCAUUUCCAGCCUGUGGACGCGCUGUGGAGCACGCCAGAUGCUUCAGAUCAAAAAGAUGGCAGGCUCACAGCAAACGGUUGGGAGAGCAGCCAGUUUCACAACAGCAAGGAGCGGACGAAAUUCCUUCGUCUGAUGGGGGGGCAGAAGUUCGUCGAAGCUGCAAAAGCUCUGGAGGCCGGAGUGGACGAUGACCAGGUCUUCGAGUUGAUUGCAGGGGAGUGGGUCGAAGCCAAGGAGGACGAGGAGGAGGAGUUUGAAGUUAAUGCUGACGCUCCCACCGUAGAGCUCUUGGCAG